AAAAAAGAAUAGAAAAGCUUAAUAUAGAGCUUACUGCUAUACCUGUGCAGUGCAUUGUCAGGUAAUACUGAGCCACAAUUGUUGAAGACUGGGAUUGCUAUUGAAUUCCCUUAUAGAUUACCUUAUAGGUCUGGAUUUUGAAUUGACAAGAGGAUCUAAUCCAAUAUCCUAAAGAGAAAAACAUAUCCACUUUAAAGCUUCUUACCCUUUUCAAGGAAAGAUGUAUAGUAACAGUAGCUGUGCAUAAUGUUGUAACAUCUCUUGUUCUCUGCAUACAUAUUUUCAAGGAAUAUGAGUAGAACUUAAAGUUAAGGAAAACACUUUAAACAGGUACAAUAUUUUUUUCUGAGUUUACCUUUGGAUAACUAUAAAAUGAAAUACUAAUUUUGUAGGAAGCUAUUUUCAGGUUUUUACCUAUAUUUUUCUCCCUCAGGAGCACAAAGAAGAACAUUUCACAUCUGUUCCUUCAGAAGUUUGCACGUCAUUUGUGAAAAUAAUUGAAGAAGUGCUUGGAUCUCCACCAGAUCUGGAACUGCUGACACUGAUCUUCAAUUUCCUCGUAGCAGUUCACCCUGCUACCAACACAUAUGUUUGUCACAAUCCCAGAGAUUUCUAUUUUUCCUUGCAUAUAGAUGGCAACAUUUUUCAAGAGAAGGUUCAAUCCAUCAUGUAUAUGAGAAAUUCCAGCAGUGGUGGAAAAUCUGUUGACAGUCCAGUUUUGGCUAUGAUGAGCCCAGCUGGAUUUUCUGCUAUCCAACAGGGAAAUGAUUCUUCUGAAGCAAGCAACUCACAAAAAACAGUUCAUCGGGCACCUGAAAGGCUCUGUAAAAGCUUACCAUCGUCUCCUGCAUCCUCUCCCAGAAUGCAUCAAGGAGGUUUCUUUAGGAAUAUAGGCAGGAGUGUUGAGAACCUUCAUGAAGUUACAGAGCCUAACAAAGUUGAGCCACUGCUGAAAAACAAUUUGGUAAAGCACUCAGAAGCCUUUAAAAGGAUUCAGGAAGAGCAUUUCAUUAGUAGCUGUGAAUCUGCAAAAACAGUUGUAGGCUUGGAAGAAGUAACAUCUGCUGAGACACUGGGUAUUUCAAAAGAAGAGGUAGAUUUGUUAGAUAAAACCUCUGAAAACCAUGAAACAAUCCCAGGAGUGAAACCUAGCGAAGAUGGUGUUAUUCCUGAGUUAUCUCUGAAGCGGCCUGACAAUCUGAAGGGGUUGUCUCCUAUACAGAAAAGCCAUGGCAAUUUUGCAGGCUUGGGAUUAGCCUUCUCCAUUCACAGUGGAGCUACCAUUGCUCGCUGGCCAAGCUGUAAGAAUGUGCCUUCAGAAGAUUGGGAACAUCUUACCUUUUCUUCAGCCAAUGCAUGGGCUCCACAAAAAUUUGAAAGCAUGUCCAGUAGAUCAACAGAAGAUUGUCUCGUACUCAUAUGCCAUGGUCUUUAUCACCUUCUGCGAAGAAUUCUUUUAAUUUUGCCAGAUGUCAUGCUUCCAGAUGUAUUGGACAAGCUGAUUCAGCCAGACCUUCUCAUAGUUCUUGUGAACCAUCCAUCUACUCUCAUUCAGCAAGGAGUCAUUAAACUUUUGAACACCUAUUUCAGUAGAGCAACUAGAGAACAAAAGGAGAAGUUCUUGAAGCAUCGAGGUUUCUCCUUGUUAGCUAAUCAGCUGUAUCUUCACCAAGGAACUCAGGAACUUAUGGAAUGUUUUAUAGAGAUGCUUUUUGGUCGAUCAGUUGGCCUGGAUGAAGACUUUGAUCUAGAAGAUGUAAAGAACGCUGGACUUUUCCAAAAGUGGUGUGUAAUUCCUGUUCUGGGCCUUAUUGAGAAUUCUCUCCAUGAUUGCAUCCUGUUACAUAACUUCUUUUGUUUCCUGCUGCAAAUCAUAAAUUCUUGCUCUAAAAUGGCAGACAUGCUGCUGGAUAAUGGCUUGUUGUAUGUGCUCUGUAAUACUUUAGCAACACUUAACGGACUCGAAGCCAACAUUCUCUCAAAUGACUCCAGGCUACUUGUGUGUGAUAUACAGCAGUUACUUGCAGCAGUGACAAUCCAUGCCUGCAGUUGUUCAGGAACACAAUAUUUUCGGAUUAUUGAAGAUCUCAUGGUGUUGCUUGGACACCUGCAGAUGAGCAAGAAUGAAAGAACACAGAAAAUGGCAGUUAAUUUGCAAUUCACAGUCCUGCAAUCAGCUGUAAAAUAUAUAAAAACUAUAGGAAAUCAAGAUUCAGAACAUUUAAGCAAUUCAUUCCAUUUAUCAGUUGCAGAUCAUCAGGCUAUAUUUCAAAAACGUAAAAGCAUUGCAUCUAGAACAUUUUCUAUUGCUGAGUCUGAGACAUUGCUAAUGAGAAUGUGUACAAUUGCAAAUGAGGAACUGAAUUUUAUGAUGCAGCGUAGAAUGAGUCAAGACAGCUCUCUUUGUGCCACUGAAGCAGAGCUUAUACAGAGGUUACAGAGGAUUACUGUACUAACAACCAAUAGAUUCAUGUAUCAAGACCAUUCUGAAAAUUGCCUUGAAAUGACUGAGGCCCCAUUCCAGAAUAGAUCUUCAGUUUCCCAAAUGGACAAGGUUGAAAAGGAGGAUGAACAGAAGCAGCUUACUCCAAGAAACACUUUCUUAAGAGAAAUGUUUAAAAUAAUGAUUGAAGGAAUUGGAUUAUCUGUUGGCGCUACCAGGUUAAGCACCCCCAAACAACAGUGGAAGAAAAUUCUCUUGUCUUGCAAGGAUACUUUUCGAGUGCAGCUUGGGCGACUGCUUGUACAUGCUUUGUCUCCAGCACGCUCUUUGCAAGAAAGAAAGCAUACUUUGGAAUUCUUACAUGAAAUUAACCACCAGGAGAUUUUGCGAGACUGUUUAAGUACAACUUUGCAACAUGGGCCUAAGUUAUCACUUUACUUAUUUGAAUUAAUGCAUGAUCACAAAGAUGAAUUAACCAAAGAAGAACAGGUAUCGGUUGGAGCAUUCAUGAACACAUUAAAACUUUGUGGUUACAAAUACAUUCCUCUCAAUGCACCACCCAAGCCUGACCUCAUAAAAGCAAUGAAAGAGGACCAUAAGAAAUAUGUGGUUGAAGAAGAUGUGAAUAAAGCUGCUUGGGAAAAGAUAAUGGCCAACAACCGGCAAACUCUGUUUCAGCGCUUGGAUGCAAAGUCAAAGGAGAUUUCUAAAAUUGCAGGGGACAUCACCCAGGCUGCCUCUCUGUCCCAGGGAAUGGAAAGAAAGAAGGUGAUUCAGCACAUCAGGGGGAUGUAUAAAACAGACUUAAGUGCCAGCAGACACUGGCAGGAACUCAUUCAGCAGUUUACACAUGAUAGGGCUCUUUGGUAUGACCCUGCCUCCUACCCAACGUCGUGGCAGUUAGACCCAACUGAAGGACCUAACAGAGAGAGGCGCCGUUUGCAGAGGUGCUACUUAACUAUUCCAAAUAAAUACCUCCUCAGAGACAGACAAAAAUUGGAAGAGGUUCUUAAGCCCCCCCUGGCCUAUCUGUUUGAAGACAAAACACAUUCAUCUCACUCUUCUACAGUGAAAGAUAAAGCUGCCAGUGAGCAUAUCAGAGUUAAUCGAAGAUGUAUAAAUGUGGCCCCAUCUAGAGAGACUCCAGGUGAACUGCUACUAGGCAAAUGUGGAAUGUAUUUUGUGGAAGACAAUGCUUCUGAAAUUAUUGAAAAUUCAAGUUUUCAUGGAGAAACUGAGCCAGCAUCAUUUUCUUGGACAUUUGAAGAAAUCAAAGAAGUGCACAAGCGUUGGUGGCAAUUAAGAGAUAAUGCUGUAGAAAUAUUUUUAACGAAUGGCAGAACGUUACUAUUAGCUUUUGAUAACACAAAGGUGCGGGAUGAUGUGUACCACAAUAUCCUAACAAACAAUCUUCCUAAUCUCUUGGAGUAUGGCAACAUUACCGCAUUAACCCACCUGUGGUAUACAGGACAGAUCACUAAUUUUGAAUACCUCACUCAUUUAAACAAACAUGCUGGUCGUUCCUUCAAUGAUCUCAUGCAGUAUCCAGUAUUUCCCUUUAUACUUUCCGACUAUACAAGUGAAACAUUGGACUUAAAUGAUCCAUCUGUUUAUAGAAAUUUGAUCAAACCGAUAGCUGUACAAUCUAAAGAAAAGGAAGAUCGUUAUGUGGACACUUACAAGUACCUAGCAGCUGAAGAAAACCUUCUGCAUUUUAGAAUACAUUUCAACAGUACACCUCCCAUGUG